CUCUUGUAAGACCGUUUUUGCUGCUGCUGCUUGUGUCUGUCAGAGAGAGAAAGGAAGAGAGAGAUAGAGAUAGAGAGAGGCUCUGAAACGACAAUGGCGGCUUCUCUGAAAUGCUUUUCUCUGCUGUUUUUGCUUCUGUUGCUGUUCGUUGGAGCUCUGGCGCGAGUCGGAAGCGAGGAGAUGCAGAAUUCGAGGACUACAGAAGCAGAGCAUAGCUUCAAAGAAGAUCCGGCAAAAGAAGCGUUAAAGGCAGAUAGGUCGGAGUGGAAAGCAGGGGAGCAUGUUGUGGAUGAUCCAGAGACGGUUGCCUCUGAAGUUGAUAGGAGCAUAAAGAACAGUACAGAACGGAGGAACCUCGGCUUUCUUUCCUGUGGCACCGGCAACCCCAUCGACGACUGCUGGCGUUGUGACCCCAACUGGCACCUACACCGCAAGAGGUUGGCUGACUGUGGGAUUGGCUUCGGACGCAAUGCCAUCGGUGGACGCGAUGGGCGUAUCUAUGUGGUCACUGAUCCCGGUGAUGAUGAUCCCGUCAACCCUCGCCCUGGCACCAUUAGGCAUGCUGUCAUCCAGGAAGAGCCCCUCUGGAUCGUGUUUAAGCGUGAUAUGGUGAUCACCCUGAAGCAAGAGCUCAUCAUGAACAGCUUCAAGACCCUUGAUGGCCGUGGCUCCAAUGUCCACAUUGCGAACGGUGCUUGCAUAACCGUUCAAUUCAUCACUAAUGUCAUCAUCCAUGGUCUCCAUAUCCAUGACUGCAAGCCCACCGGCAAUGCGAUGGUUCGCAGCUCCCCAUCCCACUAUGGAUGGAGGACCAUGGCAGAUGGUGAUGCUGUCUCCAUCUUUGGUUCCAGCCAUAUCUGGGUGGACCAUUGCUCCCUCUCCAACUGUGCCGAUGGCCUUGUCGAUGCUGUCAUGGGCUCCACUGCCAUCACCGUCUCCAACAACUACUUCACCCACCACAACGAGGUGAUGUUAUUGGGCCAUAGCGAUUCUUACACAAGAGAUAAGGGGAUGCAGGUGACCAUUGCUUACAACCACUUUGGCGAAGGUCUCAUUCAAAGAAUGCCAAGGUGCAGGCAUGGGUAUUUCCAUGUGGUGAACAAUGACUACACUCACUGGGAGAUGUAUGCUAUUGGUGGAAGUGCUGAACCCACCAUCAACAGCCAAGGAAAUCGAUACCUCGCCCCUGUCAACCCCUUCGCCAAGGAGGUGACCAAAAGGGUGGACACGGACACAAGCGUGUGGAAGGGCUGGAACUGGCGAUCGGAGGGCGACUUGCUGCUGAACGGCGCCUACUUUACCCCUUCAGGUGCUGGUGCUUCAGCUAGCUAUUCCAGGGCCUCCAGUCUUGGAGCAAAGUCAUCUUCCAUGGUUGCCUCCAUCACUUCAGGGGCCGGUGUUCUAUCGUGCCGCAGUGGAUCUCAGUGCUAAAUAGCACUGGGCUCUUCCUCUUGACAGUGUACACAUUCCUUACACAGUCAAUCACAACAAACACCAUUAUUCUCCGCUCCCUUCUCAACCUCGGCCUGCUUCUCCUUUUAUAACUGCAUUCAUGAAGCAGGUGCGGAAGCGUUGUUCAAUCCAAUUGUUGCAAUGUAUCCUCCCCCUGUUUCUCUUUCUUUUUUUAUUUUUACCUUUCCAUGGUCUUAUCGUCGCCACUGCCGCCGCUGCUUCUCCACCACAGGAUUGAAUGUUCUUGGAUUUUUCUUUCUUUCUUUUUUCUUUUCUCCCUUUAAAAGCCAAUGAUACGUGCAUGAUAUGAAUGUUGAGCAUGCAAACUCUGUUACAGAUGCAUAUAGUGAGUGAGUGAUAAGUGUAAGAAGUACUUUUUACUGGAAGGAAGCAAGUUCUUUCCUUCUGCAAUCAAUUAAUGCUUGUUUA